AUGGGUGUAGGCGAUGCUUCUAUUCCUUCGAGCGAGCGGCCCGAGAUUGGAUCAGUCAACAUUCCUUUCGGAGUCUUUCCAGCCUCGUCAAACAACAAGUCUGUCGAUGCCGUCAAGAUCGCCGAUGAGGUAGUUGCCCGCCUCAACGAUGCUCUCUCCAGGAAAGACUAUGCAGCCAUUGCGGGCCUGUUCUGCGAGAACAGUUAUUGGAGAGAUCACUUGGCCUUGACCUGGGAGCUCAGGACAGUAAAGGGCAGCUCUGCGAUCAAGCAAUACCUCGACUCCAGCAAAGUGCAGUUGACGAAGCUGCAAGUGAGCAAGACCACUGAGUACCGGUCUCCAAAAUUUGGUGCCAUUGAUCUUCUCGGUGACGUCCAGGGUAUCAACUUUUUCAUCACGUUUGAGACGAGCGUGGGCCGUGGUGAGGGCGUCAUAUACCUGGCCGAAGACAAUGGACAGUGGAAGAUCUUCUCCGUCUACACUUUACUGAAGGAGCUCAAGGGCCACGAGGAGCCUCUCAACCAUCGCAGAACAAAAGGCGUCAAGCACGGCGGUGACCCUAACAGAAAGACAUGGAAAGAGAUGCGGGAUGCCGAGAAAGAAGGCAUUGAUCCUAGGGUGCUGAUUCUGGGAGCUGGCCAAGGCGGGCUUACAGUCGCUGCUCGUCUGAAGAUGCUCGGUGUUCCCGCGCUCAUGAUAGACCAGAAUGAAAGAGUGGGUGACAACUGGCGCAAGCGCUAUCGGCAACUCGUUCUUCAUGAUCCCGUGUGGUACGACCACUUGCCAUACGUGCCUUUUCCAGCGCACUGGCCAGUGUUCACUCCAAAAGACAAGCUCGCCGAGUUCUUUGAAGCAUACGUCAACCUCCUCGAGCUCAACGUGUGGACUUCGACAAGCAUCAAAUCAUCCUCGUGGGAUGAGAGUAAGAAGCAAUGGACGGUAACCGUUGAGCGCAAGAAAGCAGAUGGAACUAUCGAAACGCGAACGCUGCACCCACGACACAUUGUGCAGGCGACGGGCCAUUCGGGCGAGAAGAACUUUCCUCAAAUCAAGGGUAUGGAAACCUUCAAGGGCGAUCGCCUGUGCCACAGCUCUGAGCACCCAGGCGCAAAUCCAGAAUCAAAAGGCAAGAAGGCAAUAGUCGUAGGAAGCUGCAAUUCCGGACAUGACAUUGCGCAAGACUUCUUUGAGAAAGGCUACGACGUCACAAUGGUUCAGCGCAGCACAACCUGCGUGGUUUCCUCGACGGCUAUCACAGAUAUUGCAAACAAGGGGACCUAUGAGGAAGAUGCGCCGCCAACCGAAGAUGCCGAUCUCACUUUUUGGAGUAUUCCAAGUGAGCUGAUGAAGCUGAUACAAGUGAAGGUAUCGAAGGCUGGGGCAGAUUUUGACAAGGAGAUUCUUGAUGGCCUGCGUAAAGCCGGCUUUGGCCUCGACGAGGGCCCCAUGAAGUCGGGCCUGCUGAUGAAGUACUUUCAGCGCGGAGGAGGCUACUAUAUUGAUGUCGGGGCAUCCCAGCUCAUCAUUGACGGCAAGAUUAAGAUCAAGCAUGGCCAAGAGAUUUCCCAAGUCCUGCCCAAUGGCAUUGAGUUUGCUGAUGGCGACAAGUUAGAGGCCGAUGAGAUUGUAUUUGCAACCGGGUACCAGAACAUGCGCACACAGGCACGCAAGAUAUUCGGCGAUGAAGUCGCGGACCGUGUCAGUGAGGUCUGGGGCUUCAACAACGAGGGAGAGUUCAGGACCAUGUGGCAGAAGAGUGGCCAUCCUGGUCUCUGGUUCAUGGGCGGCAACCUGGCCCUGUCUAGGUACUAUAGCAGGAUCCUGGCAUUACAGAUCAAGGCCAUGGAGGAGGGAAUGAUAGGAUAG